AUGCCAGCAAAUUCCGAGAAGGAGCAUCUGUCCAUUGUGAUCUGCGGCCAUGUCGACAGUGGCAAGAGCACCACCACUGGCCGCCUGAUCUUCGAGCUGGGCGGACUGCCCGAGCGUGAGCUCGAGAAGCUGAAGGCGGAGGCCGAGCGCCUGGGCAAGGGCUCCUUCGCCUUCGCGUUCUACAUGGACCGCCAGAAGGAGGAGCGCGAGCGCGGCGUGACCAUCGCUUGCACCACCAAGGAGUUCUACACCGAGAAGUGGCACUACACCGUCAUCGAUGCCCCAGGCCAUCGCGAUUUCAUCAAGAACAUGAUCACCGGCGCUUCCCAGGCGGACGUUGCGCUUAUCAUGGUCCCGGCCGACGGUAAUUUCACGACCGCCAUCGCCAAGGGCAACCACAAGGCUGGCGAAAUCCAGGGGCAGACUCGCCAGCACUCCCGCUUGAUCAACCUGCUGGGCGUGAAGCAGAUCUGCAUUGGCGUCAACAAGAUGGACUGUGACACCGCGGGAUACAAGCAGUCCCGCUACGACGAGAUCGCAAACGAGAUGAAGAGCAUGCUGGUCAAGGUUGGCUGGAAGAAGGACUUCGUCGAGAAGGGGACGCCAGUGAUGCCCAUCUCUGGCUGGAUGGGCGACAACCUUCUGAAAAAGUCUGACAACAUGGGCUGGUGGAAGGGCUGCGAUGUCGAGUACGGCAAGGAGACCAUCCACGUGGACACCGUCUACGAUGUGCUUGACGUGAUGUGCCGCGUGCCAGAGCGGCCCACCAGCGCGCCAAUGCGUAUGCCGAUCUCCGGCAUCUACAAGAUCAAGGGCGUCGGCGAUGUGCUCGCUGGGCGCGUGGAGCAGGGCGUGGUGAAGCCGGGCGAGGAGGUCGUGUUCCUGCCCACGCACACCGCUUCGAACCCGUGCACUGGCAAGGUGUUCACCGUGGAGAUGCAUCACCAGCGCGUCGAUUUCGCCAAUCCCGGGGACAACGUUGGCCUCAACAUCAAGGGGCUCGACAAGAAUAACAUGCCCCGCUCGGGCGACGUGAUGGUCUACAAGAAGGACACCACCCUGGGUCAGACAAAGGAGUUCGACGCGCAGAUCCAGGUGCUCGACAUCCCCAACGAGAUCAAGGUCGGCUACUCCCCGAUCGGCUUCGUGCGCUGCGGGCGCGCGGCGUGCCGCAUCAGCAAGCUGAAGUGGAAGAUGGGCAAGGAGACGGGCGGCAAGAAGAUGGAGGAUCCCCACUCCCUCAAGUCCAACGAGAUGGCUCAGUGCAGCUUCCAGCCGCAGCAGCCGCUGGUGUGCGACACCUUCAAGAACUGCGAGGGCCUGUCGCGCGUGGCGUUCAUGGAUGGCAACGGCGUUGUGAUGCUUGGCAAGGUCAUCUCGUGCGAGCGCAAGGAGGAGGGCGGCGCCGGCGGCAAGAAGAAGAAGCCUCGUUGCGUAGGUCCGCUCAGGGUUGCGGCAGCCAUGCCGGCCAAUUCGGAGAAGGAGCAUCUGUCCAUUGUGAUCUGCGGCCACGUCGACAGUGGCAAGAGCACCACCACUGGCCGCCUGAUCUUCGAGCUGGGCGGACUGCCUGAGCGUGAGCUCGAGAAGCUGAAGGCGGAGGCCGAGCGCCUAGGCAAGGGCUCCUUCGCCUUCGCAUUCUACAUGGACCGCCAGAAGGAGGAGCGCGAGCGCGGCGUGACCAUCGCGUGCACCACCAAGGAGUUCUACACCGAGAAGUGGCACUACACCGUCAUCGAUGCCCCAGGCCAUCGCGAUUUCAUCAAGAACAUGAUCACUGGCGCUUCCCAGGCGGACGUUGCGCUUAUCAUGGUCCCGGCCGACGGUAACUUCACGACCGCCAUUGCCAAGGGCAACCACAAGGCUGGCGAGAUCCAGGGGCAGACUCGCCAGCACUCCCGCUUGAUCAACUUGCUGGGCGUGAAGCAGAUCUGUAUUGGCGUCAACAAGAUGGAUUGUGACACCGCUGGAUAUAAGCAGUCCCGCUAUGACGAGAUCGCAAACGAGAUGAAGAGCAUGCUGGUCAAGGUUGGGUGGAAGAAGGACUUCGUCGAGAAGGGGACGCCGGUGAUGCCCAUCUCUGGCUGGAUGGGCGACAACCUUCUGAAAAAGUCUGACAACAUGGGCUGGUGGAAGGGCUGCGAUGUCGAGUACGGCAAGGAGACCAUCCACGUGGACACCGUCUACGAUGUGCUUGACGUGAUGUGCCGCGUGCCGGAGCGUCCCACCAGCGCGCCAAUGCGCAUGCCGAUUUCCGGCAUUUACAAGAUCAAGGGUGUCGGCGAUGUGCUCGCUGGGCGCGUGGAGCAGGGCGUGGUGAAGCCGGGCGAGGAGGUAGUGUUCCUGCCCACGCACACCGCUUCGAACCCGUGCACUGGCAAGGUGUUCACCGUGGAGAUGCACCACCAGCGCGUCGACUUUGCCAACCCUGGGGACAACGUUGGCCUCAACAUCAAGGGCCUCGACAAGAACAACAUGCCCCGCUCGGGCGACGUGAUGGUCUACAAGAAGGACACCACGCUGGGUCAGACGAAAGAGUUCGACGCGCAGAUCCAGGUGCUCGAUAUCCCCAAUGAGAUCAAGGUCGGCUACUCCCCGAUCGGCUUCGUGCGAUGCGGGCGCGCGGCGUGCCGCAUCAGCAAGCUGAAGUGGAAGAUGGGCAAGGAGACGGGCGGCAAGAAGAUGGAGGACCCCCACUCCCUUAAGUCCAACGAGAUGGCUCAGUGCAGCUUCCAGCCGCAGCAGCCGCUGGUGUGCGACACCUUCAAGAACUGCGAGGGCCUGUCGCGCGUGGCGUUCAUGGACGGCAACGGCGUUGUGAUGCUUGGCAAGGUCAUCUCGUGUGAGCGCAAGGAGGAGGGCGGCGCCGGUGGCAAGAAGAAGUAA